AUACUGCCUGGGGAGAUGGUUUCUCAAUCAAGUGAACUAAACAAUACAUAUUAUGAACUUGAACCAGCAAGGUUUAAUAUCGCUGUGAGCAUGAAAUCAAUGGAACUGUUGAGACAUGAACAAACAACUCCAAAUACUUUAAACAUAAGUCAACUAGCAGCAGAGGGAUACUGGCCUGACAGUCUUCAAGUGAAUGACGAAGAAGUCUGUGAUUGGAGAUGUUGGCUAACUAAUCUGGGUUCUUGGCUAGCAGCAGUAUUCGCGGGUCUUUUCUAUAAAAGGGGCAUUUACAGAAGUCGAAAACUUGCCUGGAGCCAAACAUCCCAUUCGAUACAUAGCAGAGUGAAACUCGAGUGUGAGAGAGAGCAUCAAGAACAUCUCCUCCUCUCAGUGAUACCAGCAUAUAUAGCUGCUGAGGUGAAGAGAAGUAUUAUGGAAAAGAUGACUGUAUCCCCACGUCCUGCUUCACCCUGUAGAUCAAGUCAGUUUCAGGAUCUUUUCGUUCAGCGGCAUAAUAACGUGAGUAUUCUGUACGCUGAUAUAGUAAACUUCACUCCACUAUCAGAAACAUUGUCUGCACAUCAUCUAGUCUCUACACUUAACAGACUGUUUGGACGGUUUGACCAACUCGCACAGGAGAAGCAAUGUUUGAGAAUAAAGAUACUAGGAGACUGCUACUACUGUGUUUCAGGUUACAUUUCCAAUACUUCUGAAAGGGACUGUUAA